CUUUUGGGUUUUAAAAGGUCGUAUAUCAAUAAUCAAAAGUAUGUGACCAUACUGUGCAAUGGAACGACGUAUUAUACCUGUCAAACAAGCAAAAAGCAAACUAGCGAGGAGCCAAGAACAAGAAACCAUCCAAUUGUGAAAAGUGCUCGAAUGAAUCAUUGCAGACUAUUGCUUAGGUGGCGGAAUCGGUUACCAAAAGGUGCUAUCAGGAUGAAUGGAUCGCUGCUUAUGGGGCGCAACUUCUGUUCGUAUGGCACAACCUCAGUACAGCUUGGAAAAUUUUCACCCCAGUACGAUUCCAGCUUGUGCGUCCCUCGGUCGAACCAGCCAGUCCAAAAUAAACUUGUUCUCUCCUGUCCUUAGCUUUUUGCAUUGUCAGAUAAUACGUUUGUUCAUACUCCAAGCUACGAAUUAAUACUAACAACCUCUAGAUGGCUGCCUCUUUACCACACCCAAAGAUUGUUAAGAAGCACUCCAAGAAGUUCAAGAGACAUCACUCUGACAGAUACCACCGUGUGUCCGAGAACUGGAGAAAGCAGAAGGGUAUCGAUUCUUGUGUCAGAAGAAGAUUCAGAGGUACCAUUUCCCAGCCAAAGAUCGGUUACGGUUCUAACAACAGAACCAAGCACAUGGCUCCAUCUGGUCACAAGACCUUCUUGGUUAACAACGUCAAGUCCUUAGACUUGUUGUUGUUGCACACCAAGACCUACGCUGCCGAAAUCGCCCACAACGUUUCUGCCAGAAACAGAGUUGAAAUCUUGGCCAAGGCCAAGGCUUUCGGCUUGAAGGUCACCAACCCAAAGGGUCGUCUCGCUUUGGAAGCUUAAAUCAAAUCCGAAACUUAAUUCUUCACAAUAUUUUAUUGUUUUAAUGAUUUAAUACUUUAAACAGUUUAUGUUUGGUUUUGUAUAUUUUAACAGCG